AUGAAUUAAUAAAUAGUCAUACCCAAAUCAAUCUAUUUCAAAGAUGGAUCCUAUUAUCUUGUUAUCAAUGCAAAGCCAAAUUCGAAAGUGAGUCAAAUUACUGGCAUUUCUGAUGAAGCUGUUGAUAUCAAUAUAGCAGCACCUCCUAAGGAUGGAGAGGCUAAUGCUGAAUUAUGCGAUUUCAUUGCUUAAACUUUAGGAGUUAAGAAAACAGCCAUAUAAGUUAACAAGGGAGGCAAAGGAAGAAAUAAGCUAAUUUCAAUUGAGAGCAAGUUCAAAGAUAUAAACGAAUUUUAUGAGAAACUAAAAUAAGGAUUGUGA